AUGAAUACAGAUUUAGUCAAGAAAACUAAUAAAUUAAUCAACGGAAGAAAUGAAAUAACUAUCUUGAAUUAUACCUGUGAUAGUUUUACAGUUUUAAUUUAUAAUCAUUUGAAAAAUAAAGAUAAUGAACAACACAAAAAUAUCAUAUUAGUUAGAUGUGUUAAUGGGUAUGACAAUGAAAAUGAAAUUGUAAUACCAGAUACUGUCGAUACCCAAUAUCAAAUAAUUAUAAUAAGAACUCUACCGAUAUCUAUAUAUACAGAGAUACUAAACAAAUCGCAAUCAUACACUAUCACCAUUACUCUGAAAUGUUUGAAUAGCGGUCUAUUCGAAAACAAUCUUUACUAUUUCAAACAACUAUAUAUUAAUAACAAACGAUAUCAUUUAAUAUCAAGAUUUACAAACAGUAAUGAUAUCAAUGAAGUAUUUUUAGUGGGUGGCACUGAUCAAAGAUUGGUAAGUUCAUUUUUCAAAGUAAUUAUAAAUCAAAAGAUAAUUUUUAAAACUAACAAAUCAAUUCAAAAGUAUGUUUAUAAAAAGAUAAACUAUAAAGAUAAUCAAAAAUCUUAUGAAAGAGUUGUGAAUGAAAUCAAAUCAAUGAAAUUACUCAAAGGAAAUCAAAGAUUUGUUCAACUUGUUGACUAUCAUCAUGAUAAAGACAAUCAAAUCUUUCAUAUCAUCACUGAAUAUUGUGAUGGUGGUGAUCUUGCUCAAAUGUAUAAACAUUUAAUAGAUCUAAAUUUAAUCUUUAAAGAAUCAGAUAUCAUUAAAUAUAUUUCAGAUCUUUUCAAUAUUCUUUUGGAUCUUGAUAAACAUGGAAUUGUUCAUUGUGAUAUCAAGCCAUCAAAUAUAUUCAUUGAUAAAUUUUAUAGUACUUUGAUUCUUGGUGAUUUUGGAUGUUGUAAAUUCAUUGAUAAAUCAACAAUCAUUGAAUAUCAAGAUACAAAAGAAUAUCUUCAAGAAACAAGUGAUUUUAAUUCGAAAUGUAUCGAUCAUGAAUUAUCAGAACCAACCAUUGUUGAUAUGAACUCAAAUACACUUAUAAAUGCAACUCGUGGAACAAUUGGAUAUAUUUCACCAGAGGCAAUGAAACGACAAUACGCACAAUCAUGUGACAUUUUUUCAAUUGGAUCAACAAUACUCAAAUUAUUAUGUUGUCAUCCAGAUGAUCGAAAUAAUCAUCAACUAUUCCAAUCUAAUGGUGAAAUUAAGAUUUCAGAAUGCAGAUAUUCAAAACAAUUGAUUGAAUUUAUUCAUCGAUUGUUGGAUCGGAGUCCAAAGAAUAGAGAAUCAUUGAAUCAAUUAUUAAACCAAUAUAUUGAAACCAUCACCAAUAACUGUUCAAUUACAUUCAAUUUAAAUACUCCAUUUCAUAAUACCUCCGUCAAUGUCACUGAGAUCAAUUUUGGAAAUGAAUUCAAUCAAAUAUUAUCAAUCGGUGUCUUACCUGAAUCACUGAAAUCAUUGGUGUUUGGAUAUAAAUUCAAUCAAAUAUUAUCAGUCGGUGUGUUACCUAAAUCACUAUUAACAUUGAAGCUUGGAUGUUCAUUCAAUCAAAUAUUACCAGUCGGUGUGUUACCUGAAUCACUGAAAUCAUUGAGGUUUGAAUCUGCAUUCAAUCAAAUAUUAUCAGUUGGUGUUUUACCUGAAUCACUGCAAUCAUUGGUGUUUGGAGGUGAAUUCAAUCAAAUAUUAUCAGUCGGUGUGUUACCUAAAUCACUAUUAACAUUAUCAUUAGGAUAUUCAUUCAAUCAAAUAUUAUCAGUUGUCGGUGUAUUACCUGAAUCACUGGAAUCAUUAACAAUGAAGAGAUAUAAUCAUAGAAUUAAGAGAGGAGUUCUACAGGUGUAUGAAUCAGAAAAUGAAGCUCAAAUUCUAAAACCAAUUGAAUCACUCAUUAUAGGUGCCGUUAAUGACUUUAUGAAAAGUAAAUUACCUUCAGAUCUAAAAUUUCUCAGUAUUGGACCUACAUUUAGUGAAUAUAUAUUUGAAGCAUAUAUACUCACAAAUUCUCAUGAAUCACUUCAAUUUAUCAAAGAAUAUUAUCCAGGAUAUUAUUCAAGAAACAAUUUAUGCCACUCCUCUUUAAAUUCUCCGAUCUAUCAAAUUUUAGGCGAAUAUAUCACUGCUCUACUUUUAACCGACACUAUUCCAUCGAGAAACUAUGUUGUAUUGAGAAAUCAUGCGGUAUAUGCAUGCUUAGCCGAAGUAGAAUCGUACAGUGUGAAUGUGUUAGAUAUACAAAGAUAUGAAAUAUUCGAUUUAAGAAUUCAUAAAAAAACAAAAAAACAAGCAUCAAACAGCACUAAGCAAAGAAAAUUAAAGAGAAGAGAGAAAAAGAGAGAAAGAGAUUAA